CACUCCAUAGAAAAGCAUCAGCUCAUCUGCUCAUAUAUGUAGGAGCUCGCUUGCUUGCCAGCACGUGGUUCCUUACGUGCUAAGGCAUGGCUAUGCAGAUCGCGUCCCCCGACGCCCACUACGUCCCCAAGUCCCCACCGCCGCCACCUCCGUCCCCGCCCCCCGACCCGGCGCCGGCGGCCGCCAAGAAGCAGAAGCCGUUGACGUACACGCAGAGCGGCGCUGCGCACGCCGUGACGUUGACGACGGUCUCCGCGCCUAGCAGCAGGGACGGGGACCGGUACCACGACGAUGGCGGCGGCCAGGUGCUCGACGGGAUCAUCCUCGUGAUGCGCGCCAGCGCCGCGCUCUCGGCCUUCGUGGCCAUGUCGCUCGUCGCGUCAUGCCGCCACGGGGACUGGAUGGACUUCCUCCGCUACCAAGAGUACAGGUAUCUUCUCGGGGUCUCUGUCGUGGCGUUCAUGUACUCGGCGGUGCAGGCGCUGCGGAAGUUUCGCCAGAUGCGCCGCGGCGCCGCCCAUGCGAGCUUUCUUGACGUCGCCGGCGAUCAGGCGGUGGCGUAUCUGCUGGUCACGGCGUCAGCGGCGGCUCUCCCGAUCACGAUGCGCAUGAGGUCGGCGGUGGUCAACGUCUUCACGGACGCCAUCGCGGCGUCCAUCGUCCUGGGCUUCCUCGCCUUCGCCGCGCUCGCCUUCUCUGCCAUGCUCUCCGGGUGCAAGCGACAAGCACACUACUAGUACCACUACCAGUAUUAGCUAAGCCAGCAUGCAGCGGGUCGAGAGAUAAGAGAUUGAUUGCUGCUGUAAAGAAAUUAGUUGAAUCCAUGUAUGCUCUUUCAAUGGAACUUUUUGUUGCAA